CUGAGAAAAAUACAUAUCCUGGCUGUUUAGAUUCAGUAUUUUUUUCAAAUCAAUGCAUUUAUAUAUUGUGGUAAGAAGAGUUUAACCGAUUAAUCGAGCAGAGGCCUAGUUUUCGAAAUUAAUUGAAUGCGGAAUAAUGGCGUACCCACCGAGGGUUGCUUUCAUUGUGAUUGCUUGCAUAUUUCUCGUGUAUGUACCCGAUCUAAUCUCCGGUCAAAUUCGUUAUUCUAUUCCCGAGGAAAUGGAGCAAGGGGCAUUUGUUGGGAAUAUCGCUCAAGAUUUGGGACUGAAUGUACAGCAGUUGACUGCUCGCAAAUUUCGACUGAGCUCUGAUGACGGGGGACGUUACAUGAAGGUCGGUUUGGAUAAUGGGCUUUUGUCUAUUCGUGAAAGAAUCGACAGGGAACGUAUUUGCGGACAAGAAGGUAUGUGUACUAUACCUUUCGAAAUAACCCUGGAAAAUCCUUUGGAGGUGCAUCGCGGGAAACUGGAGGUUCUCGAUAUAAAUGACAAUUCCCCUACUUUCCGGGACAGCACCAUUGCCUUGCAAAUGUCCGAAGCGAUUACACCGGGGGUGCGCUACCGUCUCGAGAGCGCGGAAGAUCCCGAUAUUGGAAUAAAUACUGUUGCCGCCUACGCACUCAGUUCCAGUGAGUACUUUAGUCUGAUAACACAAAGAACUGAGGACGGUCUUAUAAUUGCCCAGUUGCGGUUAGACAAAUCUAUGGAUCGAGAGCUACAGUCAUCCUUCCAGCUGGUGCUGACGGCUACGGAUGGUGGGAACCCUGAGAGAUCCGGUACAGCUCAGAUUCUCGUUACUGUAUUGGACUUCAAUGAUAAUUCACCUGUAUUCGAGCAUGAAGUUUACAGGAGCAGCUUACCUGAAAAUGUACCUAAGGGCACCUUCGUGAUGAAAGUUAAAGCAAAUGAUUUGGACGAAGGGCCGAAUGCUGAGCUGACAUAUUCUUUCAGUGACCUUACCUUGCGAAGAGUGCAGGACUUGUUCAGUUUAGUUCCUGAUACUGGAGAAAUUCGGGUUGAAGGGUCGCUGGAUUUUGAAGAAGCAAGCAGCUACUCACUCGAUAUUCAAGCUGUUGAUCAUGGGUCACCUGCAUUUACAGGACAUUCCAAAGUGCUAAUAAAGGUAACUGAUAUGAACGACAACGCACCCGAGAUAAAAGUGAAAUCAACCACGAACAAAAUCCCAGAAAAUGCUCCACCGGGAACUAUCAUCGCCUUGAUUAAUAUUAUGGAUCGUGAUUCUGGAGAGAACGGUCAAGUGCGCUGCGAGGUACCACAGAACUAUCCCUUUAGGCUGCAUCCUUCAUCGAACCAUUUUAAGUUAGUUACCAGUGAAACGUUGGACCGGGAAGCAAUCUCUGAGUAUAAAAUACCUGUUUCAGCCUGGGAUUUGGGUUACCCUUCACUGUCAACAAAUAAAACCAUCCAGAUUGCAAUUACUGAUAUAAACGAUAACGCCCCACGGUUUCCUGAACGCUCCUACAACAUAUAUGUGACUGAAAAUAACGCUCCUGGCGUUUCCAUUUUCGCAGUAACUGCGUCCGAUCCUGAUCUGGACCAGAAUUCCUCUGUUUCUUACUCCUUUCAAAAUAGUUAUAUCCAGAACAUGCCAGUGUCCACUUACCUCAGCAUUAAUUCAAUGAACGGGACCAUCUAUGCGCUGCGAUCCUUUGACUACGAGGAACUCAAAACCUUCCAGAUCCAUGUUCAUGCCCGUGACGCUGGAGUGCCCCCGAUGAGCAGCAGCACUACAGUGAAUGUGAUCAUCCUGGAUCAAAAUGACAACGCUCCGGUAAUUGUUUCACCUUCAGCACAGAGUGGAUCAGCAGCAGUGGAAAUUGUGCCCCAAUCAGUGGGCCAAGGAUACCUGGUCACCAAGAUAAUGGCAACUGAUGCAGAUUCUGGUCAGAACGCGCGGCUCUUUUAUCAGAUGAUGAAAGCUACCGACCGAAGUUUGUUUACCGUUGGGCAACAUUCUGGUGAAAUCAGAACAGCGCGCAAUAUCUUGGAGUCGGAUCCCACCACACAAACGUUGGUCAUCUUGGUGAAGGACAAUGGGCAGCCAAGCCUCUCCAGCACGGUUACAGUUGACAUUACAUUUUUGCAGAAUAGCACAGAAAGAGUCGCGGAAAGUAGUAAUUUAGUGAAGAAUCCGGAAUAUUUCUCUGAUGUCAAUCUUUAUUUAAUUAUCAUUUUCAGUUGCACUUCCAUUGUCUUUCUUGUGAUCAUCGUUCUAUUGAUUGGAAUCAAGUGUAAACAGGACAGAAAUAUUACCCAAGAUUAUAUUUCCCCCAGUUAUUGUUACAAACGUGGAGAUGUGCAGGACACGUUCAUUCGAAGACCUGCAAUGGAGGAAACGUUACGCUAUCCUGGUACUGGCCGUGUGGUCCGUGCGCCAGAACUGCAGCAGUACUCAGUCUGCUUGUCUCCAGAAUCAGCGAAAAGCGAUUUUCUAUUUUUGAAGCCAUGCGGUGCUCCUGCCUCUCAGGCCCAAUGCUAAUUCACAUGGAUUCGUAACACCAAGGAAUGCCCAGCUUACUUCCGGCAAUUUUUGUAUAUCCAGGAAUAUGAAUCAUUGCGAGUAAAGUAUUU